CUCUCUGUGUGUGUCGUUCUCUCUCUGGUUUGCUUUUUCUCCCCUCCUCUCUUUGAGCAUCCUCUGAAAGCCGCAGUGACUAGCAGCAGCAUCCAUGGCCUAAACCACGCACGGCCAGACGUUAGGGCUGUACAAGAGCCGCUGGGAAUCUUUCUGCCACUCUUUUUUACUCCGUUUGUCCAUCUCUCUGCUGACCAGGGGCUUCUCCCUCUCCUCCUUUCGUUCCAGGCUCAUUGGAGAUAGAGGAAUGCAAAUCUGCAACCAUGAUGGAAGGAUUGAAAAAGCGUACCAGGAAGGCCUUCGGGAUACGGAAGAAAGAGAAGGACACUGACUCCACAGGGUCACCAGACAGAGAAGGAGCACAGGACCAGCAACAGAUUGAAUUGCCACAGAAGAAGACCAAUGGGGCUCCUAAUGGUUUCUAUGGAGAGAUCGACUGGGACCGAUAUAACUCUCCCAUGGUGGACGAUGAAGGCUACAGCAUCAGGCCAGAUGAUGAAGCAGCAACCCCUAAAGAAAAGAGCCACUUCUUUUCGUCCAGUGAAUCAGAGGAAGAGGAAGACCACUGCAAAAAGUUUAAGAUCAAGAUCAAACCCCUGCCUGCAGACAAUGCUGAAUUUAUGGCUCCUUCGGUAGAUGAAUUAAAAGCCUCCAUAGGCAACAUAGCUCUGUCUCCCUCACUUCUGAGGAGCAGCCCGAGACGUAGCCCGGGUUUGGCAAAAAGAAAUACGCCUAGUGAAGAAAUUGCACGACCAAGACGUUCUGUUCCCUCAGCUGCCCCCGCCUCUGCCCCCUCACCUACACCUGCACCUGAACCUCCCAGUAAGAAAUCUCCAGUGCCGGAGGACGCAACAGCCUUAUUUGGCCCUCCACUGGAGACUGCCUUUGAUGAGCAGAAGACUGAAGUGGUGAUAGAGGAACCUGAGGUUUGGGGUGCUCCCUUACGUGACCUAAACCCAGACUCUUCUCUGGGAAGACCUUUUCCUUCAGGAACGCUACCUCCGCUUCCACCCAAGAAUGUGCCGACUUCCCCCCUUCCAAGCAACUCUCCAACCACAGAAUCUGCUGCUGACACAGAUGUAAAAGCGGAGGAUAAUCCAGUGCCCGCCCCGCACAGACCCUCCAUAGCGGAUCUGGACAACAUCUUUGGUCCAGCGGACUCCCCCGAACUCACUGACAAUGCUGCAGACAAGUGGGUGUGCUUCAACGAUGAAUCUCCAGAAAGACCACCCCCUCCUCCAGCUGAACCCGCCCCACCACUCCCCACAUCUCCUCCUCCUCCUCCAGCAGAGCCAGCCCCACCAUUACCUAAAUCCCCACCCCCACAAGAAGAGCCACUUCCACCUUUACUGAAAUCACCACCACCUCCUGAAGUGCCAGCCCCUCCUCUUCCUACAAAUGAACCACCAAGAGAGACCACACCUUCUCCUCCAUCAAUUCCUCCACCACCCAAAGAAGCCACUCCCUCUCCCCCUGCAGUUCCACCACCCCCUGAGGAAGAGGCCCCGCCUCCACCAGAUGAGCCGACCCCACUCAACACAGAAUCAACUCCACCUACCCAUGCUGUGGAUGUGGGGCCUGGCUCAGCCAUAACCCCACCCAGCACUCUAGAGACAAAUGCACGUACAAUCCCUCCACCACUGAUCCUCAAUCAGGAAGAGAAGUCCCCUGAAGAGGUACAUCCAAAAGACGACCCAAAUGAAAGCAGUGCUUCGCCCAAAGAGACUGGUCAGGGCCCCCGAUCAACGCCACCACCUCCUCCGCCGCCUACAUACAGGGCUGUGGUGUCAUCCCCUGGGCCUGUCUCCGGAACCGGUAGUGGAGGCAGCGGCAGCGGCUCCUCCUCCCCCGCACGCCCUGCAACGCCAUUGGCUGCUAGCAGCCCACCCCCUCCCCCACCACGGCCACCCUCCCGUCCCAAACUGGCUCCUGGGAAAGCGAGUGUAGGGGAUGUGAAUCGGCCCUUCAGCCCCCCGGUACACUCAUCUAGCCCCCCGCCAAUUGCGCCGCUGGCCCGGGCUGAGAGCACCUCCUCCAUCUCCUCCACCAACUCCCUGAGUGCUGCCACCACGCCCACCGUCGGUAAAGAGCUCUCCGUGUCUGUGUCAGAUGACGCAUUUGUAGACAAACUGCCCAGCUUUGAGAGGCGAGCUGACCUCCCAUCAGAGACAGACCAGCCCUCCCUCGUAUGGUUUGACAGAGGCAAGUUUUAUUUAACGUUUGAAGGAUGCUCACGUGGGCCCAGCCCCCUCACCAUGGGGGCCCAGGACACACUGCCAGUGGCAGCGGCCUUCACUGAAACGGUCAAUGCUUACUUUAAAGGAACUGAUCCCAGCAAGUGUGUGGUGAAGAUCACAGGGGAGAUGGUCUUAUCUUUCCCGGCUGGAAUCACCAGGCAUUUUGCCAAUAACCCGUCACCUGCAGUGCUAACCUUCAGCAUAACCAACUACAGUCGUCUGGAGCACGUCCUCCCUAACCCCCAGUUACUGUGCUGCGACACCACACAGUCCAACCCCAACGCUAAAGAAUUCUGGGUGAACAUGACAAACCUCAUGACCCACUUGAAGAAAGUGGCUGAACAGAAACCUCAGGCCACGUAUUAUAAUGUAGACAUGCUGAAAUAUCAGGUAUCAGCUCAGGGUCUACAGUCCACUCCCCUGAACUUGGCUGUCAACUGGAGGUGUGAGCCUGCAAGCACUGACCUGAGGAUAGACUACAAAUAUAAUGGCAAUGCCAUGACCACACCAGUGGCCCUCAACAAUGUCCAGUUCCUCAUUCCUGUGGAUGGAGGGGUUAGCAAACUGCAGGCUGUGCUCCCCCCGGCUGCCUGGAAUGCAGAGCAGCAGAGAAUCUUGUGGAAGAUUCCAGAUAUAUCUCAGAAGUCCGAGAAUGGAGGUGUGGGCUCCCUGCUGGCACGGUUUCAACUGACAGACGGCCCCAGUAAGCCGGCACCUCUGGCGGUGCAGUUCACCAGUGAAGGCAGCACCCUGUCCGGCUGCGACAUUGAACUAGUCGGUCCCGGAUACAGAUUCUCCCUCAUCAAGAAGAGAUUUGCUGCAGGAAAAUACAUGGCAGACAACUAAUCAGCACCACAGCCCUGAGCAAGAAAGCGUGUCUUUAUGGACAAAAUGAAAAUGAUUCCAAAACACUCUGGCCCCUGCCUGACCCCUCUGAGAAUCCCUUUAUAGAUGUCUGACACAGGCGGAGCCCACACUCCAGCAGUAUUGUAUAAGUUGCAUAUAGAAAUCGUGGACCGUUUUAGGGUGUACUUCUUGUAUUUGUAAACUGUAAACAUUUCAAAACUGUAUUGCUGCUGUUAGACAGCACAGGUUUUCCCUUAAGGUUAGCCUCUCGUCUGUCUAACGUCUUGUUGUUCUACCCACAGGCUGUGGCUGCCUGAAUCUGUCUAGGCGUGGUACAGACAAAUCAGUGUUGAGUCUAAUCAGCAAGGCAGUGCAUUUUGACAAAGGUAAGAAGCUCAGGGACUUGAGUGAAACCUGA